GUGAUCUUAUUUUCUCUUUCUUUUGCAAUUUGACUUCUUUUAUUAAGAGUACCUUUAAGCAUACCAUCUAAAAAGCUUCUCUAUCUGGUCAUUCAAUGAGAAGUAGUAUUUAUAGCAAUUGCGACAGUAUUAUCCCAAACAAUAGCAUUUUAUUACCUCAACAAACGAAAGAUCGUUUAGUGCAUCCUCCUAUUUUACUUUCGAACGUUAUCUUAUAAUUUAAAAGUCGAAUAUGGCCACCUUCCCGACUUGGAUCCUGAAAAAGAACAGCCCCACAAACAGCAGUGGUUUCAACAAAAAUAACUCCUUAUCACCAAGACAGAUUGCCAACAAGGCCUACACAUUAAGUUCUAAGAAACUCAAUAGAGAUGAAAGGCAAUCUAAACCACAAUACAGUAUUCGUGAACGACUUUUGAUUUCUCAAACAAUGCUGGAAGCGGAAGCACUGUUAAAUAAGCGUAAAGCACGACACAACAGGAGAGUGAUGGCAUUUGAAGACGAAGAUGAAUACUUCAUGUCUCGAACAGAGAGAAUGACGAUUCCUCCUCCACCUCAACCUUUGGCCCAACAAGUUAAGAAUGACACAAAGACCAGGAGCCACGAUAUAUUACCUAUGGAAGAGCUCGAUAGCACAAUACUAACGCCAUCUACAACCAUUAUGAAUAACCCAACAGCGGACAACAAUCAACAUCAAUUGAUAGCUGCAGCUAUCAGUACUACCCCUGAUAUUGCCCUUUUAUCGAUGCAACAGGAAAGAGCACCAGACUAUCUUCAUAGUCCUUCAAAGGAAACAACUUCUCUAAUAGCUACAAUACAGGAAAGCGAUCUCAUCAUUUCUCUUAAUGCCGUAAUGACUGCUGCUGCUGUUACUGCUACUGCUGCUAUCAGCCCCAUCAUUGCAUUUGAUCAUCAACUUCUCUCAAAUGAUAGUAAAAAGUCUUUGGCAGCUGAACAAUUCCAUUUCGUUGAUGAGUCCAGACCCAACUCUAUAAUAAAUAUACCUUCGUUCCCAAUUAUUAUAGCCAACCAAAUACAAAUAUAGAAACAAAAAUAAAUCGAAAAAUAGCACAGUCAU